GCCCCUACGUUCUUUCCCCGCUCCUAGUUGUCCCUGAUCACAAUGGGAUGCAAACUAGUGCAUCACAUUCAUGGUUACGCUUUCCUCUUCCCAACAUCCACAGUGUCUACCAACACUGGGGACAUGGAAAUCAAUUUUUCUUAUUGUGUCUCCUUUAGUUGAAACCCAAAGCAGUUACUCAAGCUCCUAGCAAUCUGGAAGAUGAGCCACUCCUACGGGAGAAUCCCCACCGGUUUGUCAUCUUCCCCAUCCGGUACCAUGAUAUCUGGCAAAUGUAUAAGAAAGCAGAGGCCUCCUUCUGGACAGCUGAAGAGGUUGAUCUUUCCAAAGAUAUUCAGCACUGGGAAUCCUUGAAGCCUGAGGAAAAGUACUUCAUUUCACAUAUCCUAGCCUUCUUUGCAGCAAGUGAUGGCAUUGUAAAUGAGAAUUUGGUGGAACGAUUCAGCCAAGAAGUACAGAUAACUGAAGCUCGCUUUUUCUAUGGCUUCCAGAUUGCUAUGGAAAAUAUACAUUCAGAAAUGUACAGUCUGCUCAUAGACACUUACAUUAAAGAUCCAAAAGAGAGGGAAUUUCUUUUCAAUGCCAUUGAAACACUACCAUGUGUUAAAAAGAAGGCUGACUGGGCCAUGCGGUGGAUUGGGGACAAACAAGCAACAUACGGAGAACGUGUAGUAGCUUUUGCAGCAGUGGAAGGAAUCUUCUUCUCUGGCUCCUUUGCAUCUAUCUUUUGGUUGAAGAAGAGAGGAUUAAUGCCUGGACUCACUUUUUCUAACGAACUCAUCAGUAGAGAUGAGGGUUUGCACUGUGACUUUGCCUGCCUAAUGUUCAAGCACUUGGUGCACAAACCAUCUGAGGAAAAAGUAAGAGAAGUCAUUACCGAUGCUGUCAGGAUAGAGCAGGAAUUCUUGACAGAGGCACUACCUGUAAAGCUGAUUGGCAUGAAUUGCACUUUAAUGAAACAGUACAUAGAAUUUGUGGCAGACAGACUUAUGAUGGAACUGGGAUUUAGCAAGAUAUUCAAAGCAGAGAAUCCAUUUGACUUCAUGGAGAAUAUCUCACUGGAAGGAAAGACUAACUUCUUUGAGAAGCGAGUAGGAGAAUACCAGAAGAUGGGAGUAAUGUCAAAACCCACAGAUAACUCUUUCACUCUGGAUGCAGACUUUUAAAUGAACUUGAGACCACUGAAGAUGAGAUGUGCAUGCUCUAUUUAAAUGAGACAUUACUUUAUACUGAAAGUCGCAGUAUGACUUGAUAUUGUACUAAAAUCCUGCUCUUGAAUGGAGUGGUAUGGUACUGUCUUGAGGAGGCUAGUGUAGCUACAGCAGUAAAAUUCUUUUAUUAGCUAUUGCCAAUGGUGUUAGUUUAUAGAAUGCUUUAAAAUGGAGUAACUUGUUAUAAAAAUCAUAUAACUAAUUCUUGGAAGUUAUUUCAGGAAAUCUCAAAUGCCAUCCUUGGAAAUAGGGAGGUUUUACACAGAUAUCGCUGGCUUUUGGAAUUCCUCAAACGAAGCUUUAAGUAAUUGAAAUAGAGUAAGACUAAACCAUUUUAGAGAUUAGGCUCUUGGAUACUGCAGGGGAAGCUAGAUGACCUCACUGCUUCUUAGCAGGUUUUAAGUUUACUACUUACUAUUUUUAAUAGUUUUGUACAUAAACCUGGCACUUUAAUACUAAAAAUAAAGAACUCUGACCUGUAGUAUUUUGGCAACUUGAAUAUUGAUGCUUGAGUUUAGAAUAAACGUUUAGACUCAGCAUUGCAUUAUAAUCUUUUUGUUUUUAUGCUUUAUUAUAUGUAACUUAAUAUAAUAACUUUUGUAUCAAACCUGUUGGUGAUCCUGAUAUACCUAUAAUAAAACUUCUGACAAGGUGUAUAAAUACAAACUGUAUGGAAGCUGAAAAGCUCAUUAAAGUCCAGUGUUCUAGGUACUGGAAAAAUACAACUUAAGUUGCUGG